UAUCGCGGAUCAUAUAACCGCUUGUGAAUGAAUUUGGGUUGGCAGGAAUGGAGUUAAAAAUAUGUACUGCAUUUAUAAAUAACUGAAAGCUUUACUGUGAUAAUUCAGCCUUAUCACACUGUGUCAUGUUGAUUAUACUUGAUAAGUAUGUUAAGAGUAGAGAUUAGUUCUGUUAGUAGACCAUUCAGUUGAUCAAACAACUUGGGUGUAGAUACGUUGAAAUCGUCGGGAAAGUCCAUCAGAUAUAUACAAAGAACCAAAUAUGACUGAGAGUGAAAAGAAAGCUACCUCUGAUGCCGAAUUUGAUGAAAAUGGUUACUGGAUCAAUCGGUGGACCACUAGAAAUAUUCCUUUCCACAGGGAGGAAAUGCACAUAUCGCUUGAGAAACAUUUGGACAAAUUUAUUGAUGGAAGAAAUGGAAUAAAAAUUUUGUUUCCCCUCUGUGGGAAAUCUGUAGAUAUGAAAAAAUUAGCAGAUAAAGGGCAUAAUGUUGUUGGAGUUGAUAUUGCAGAACAAGCUUUCCAGGAAUUCUUUACAGACCAGAAUUUGGAAUAUACUGUUGAAGAAUUAAAGGACAACACAGGAAAACUCUUUACAAGCAAAGAUGGGAAAAUCAAACUAUAUUGCAUGGAUAUGUUUAAAUUUUCAAAGGAUUUUGAAGGACAGUUUAAUGCUAUUUGGGAUCGAGGAGCUCUUGUUGCUAUCAGCCCCAAAACCAGAGAAAGGUAUGCCCAGGUGAUAAAAGGGUUACUUUCCCCUGACUGUCGCUAUAUGAUUUCCGCAAUGCAGUAUGACCCUUCGUUAUUUCCAGGUCCACCCUACAAUACUACUGAAGAGGAUAUCCAAAAUUUAUUUGGUAAGUCUAUAAAAGUUACUCUUCAAAGUAAAGAUUUUCCCCAAGGAAUAAAAAUUGAAUUUUCUAUGAAAUUAAUCCUAAUUUCUUGAAAUUAUCUCCUGUUU